CGUCACAUACACAAAUGAGUAUAUCUGCCGAUAGUGGCGGGUUGCUGAAAGGUUUUAGAGGAAAAUUUUAGAUUUCAUCCGGAAGCGCGUACAUCAAAAUGCGCGCAAAGCACCUUUGAUGUCACACGUCGAGGACGCAGAGCCUAAAAAUGGCAGCGGACGUACGAAUGAGAUAGUAGCAAACGAACGCGAUAAAUUCGUCGCGCAAGCAAGUCCGGAAAGUUCUGUUAAUGUAGAGAUUCGAAUAUCAGCAUCCAAAACGAAUCAAAUAUUGGAUAACAUAAAAUCUGAUCUAGAAACGGAGGAAAAUGACGAGAAAUGUGUCGAUAUAAAAUCACAAGACAAAGAUAACACAUGUAUUGCCUCAGGCGACAUUUGUAGAAUCUGUCACAUGGGCGGAUAUGCCUCCAUCACGGACAAUCAUCCAUCAUAUGACACGGAAAAUCUGAUUGAUCAGACAUCGAUUCUGUCAAAUUUUGUCUAUCUCGGUCCAUUGAUUUCAGCUUGCAAAUGCCGGGGUACAGUAGCUCUGGUGCAUGCCGAGUGCCUCGAGAGAUGGCUAACUGAGUCCGGUCGUGCGAGAUGCGAACUUUGCGGCUACAAAUAUGCAAUCAGGAGGGUACGGCGUUACAGCUUCUUUCAAAGCGUCGUAAUAUGGUUCCGCACCAUAAUAGCCACUCGACAGGAGAUGCUACUUGACAUUGGGUAUUUGGUAAUGACCACACCUGUGGCUGUGUUUUCCUGCUAUCUGUGCGCUUUGGCCUUGAAAAUGUUGAUGCGAAAUGGCUUUUACGAGAUACCCUGGAUGAUAGUCGCUAUGCUGCCAACCUGCUUAUUGACGCUGAUAGCUUAUUGGCGAUGGAUAAUUACGUUAGGGAGAUUGCAUGGCCAUCGAUGGAGACGUUACUGGAGAAACAACUUUGUGGUUCGUUUGAUUCCCGACAACGACAUCGAGAACAGUCUCGAUCCGCGAAGCUCGAAUGAUCUUUUUAAUGUGCGGGACGAUUUUGAACAAUGGAGACUCGAGGAAAACGACGAAUUCGUAUGACUUUCGACCGUGUCAACCGCAUGUCAGAAAUAACCUUUUAAUUACGACAACUGUUUUCUAUUUUUAUAUCUUCGUCUUAUUGUCGGAAUUUUCAUACAGCUGCACUAUAUUUAAUUGCAAUUUAUUAAUUGGACAUUUCAAUUGAAACUCAUUGCCGCGUAAUGAAGGCAAUUCGCUGUAUCAAAGUUAAAUUAAGAUGUGCGUAUUUCAGAAUGCUUCCAGAAAUUCACGCGUA